AUGAAACGUUUCUUUCUUACACUUAGCGUGGCAACCAUCCUAUUACUUGGUUCUGUUAUCGCCGAUGAACCAUGCCCAGUAGUUGAGCAGGAUGGCAAAUGCAACUAUUGCUCCACUCCACCUGACGGCAACAAUCAAUGUCCACCCAAUAAUGACUUGACCACUGUUGGCGAUGGCAGCCCUUGUUGCGUACCCAAACCACCCUCAUCCGAUGCAACAGCCAACGCAAAUGCAAAUGCUCAAGGCGGCGGCAACGCCCAAGCCAACGCUAACGCUAACGCUCAAGGUGGUGGUACAGCUGUUGCCAAUGCCAACGCCCAAUCUGGGGGACAAUAA